AGAGCCUACCAGAAAAAAAUAUCAAUGGCUUCGCUCUCAAUAGGAAUCGCAUUCGCGAACACCGUCCGUACACAGACUGUCCGUACAAUCCCGAGAAUUAAUACACGAAGGAGCAAAAUCUCCUGCGAAUGGGAUCCGAAGGGUAUCUUAGGUCCGGCUCAAACUGGCCAUAUCGCUCGACUUGAGUUUAAACGCAGGCUAGAGAGAGACUCAGAGGCAAAAGAGGCUUUUCAGAAACAACUCCGUGAAGAGAGAGAGCGUCGUCAAGCUCUUAGAGAGUCUAGAGUUGUACCAGAUACUUCCGCUGAGCUGAUUGAGUACUUUCUUGACACGGAAGCUCAGGAGAUUGAGUACGAAAUCGCUAGGCUUCGUGGAAGGUUAAAUGAUGAGUUCUUUGCGCAAAUUCGACUUGAAAUUGGGCAAAUCCGGUUUGCUGUGACAAAGACCGCGGAAAAUGAAGACAGAUUGAUUGAGCUUGAAUCACUUCAAAAAGCCUUAGAAGAAGGAAUAGAGGCUUAUGACAAAAUGCAAAAGGAGCUUAUGACGGCUACAAAUAGCUUAACCAAGAUCUUAACCUCAACCGAUAUAAAAACAACAUUGUUGGAUAUGGUGGAGAAAAACGAGAUCAACAGGUCUUUGUUGACACUUCUUGAUGAAAACAUAGCAAAUGCAUACAGAGGAAACCAGAAAGAAGCAGGAGAUUACAUGGAGAAGGUGCGUGCUUCGGUUCUAAAGUACUUGACGGUGUAGGAUCAUAUGAGUGACGAGUCUUCAAAGAUUUCUCAGUCUCUGGAAUGUUUACUAUGCUCGGGUAAAAUGUAUUUAUAUUUAUUUUGUUGAGUAAAAUGUAUUUCUUUUUCCCGAACAAAUGUUUCUCUAAGGUCACUUCAGAUCUCUUAAAUAAAAAUAUAUGCUUAAAUUUUAGUACUAAUUUUCACAUUUAACC